AUGGUGGUUUAUGACCGGUACGCCCCGGUACGGAUGUACCAGUACCUGCCGGGAGCACCAGAUACUGUUCCGAUGACACACCUGACCGACGCGGACAGGUCCUCAGAUCCUGCAGAAGAAGAGAGCUCCAAAGAGAACUGUCAGAGCCCAACUCAUGGAGGUGGUAUUUUGAAGUACAGGAGCCGAUCUCAAGGGGCGGCAACGCGUUUAGAGUCUGUGGGAGAGGAUGAUGAGUUGACGGUGGAAAAUGGAGACCUGAAUUAUGAAAUACCAAUGAAAUAUUCCCGGGGAGGCAGAAAGCAUUCCUUGCCGCAGCAUUUGGACACAGGAAGCAGACAGGAAUACCACAUUGUUAAGAAAUCCACUCGUUCACUGAGUGCAGCACAGGUUGAGUACCCCUGGCGACUGACGCAGCCAUCUAUUAUUUCCAACAUUGUUCUGAUGAAGGGGCAGGGCAAG